AUGGUGAAGGUGAGGACCAAUGACCCCCCAGACCAGGAAGGACACAUUGGCAGCACUAUCACAAGGCAGUGGAAGACGCAGCAGCAUGAAAGAAGUCAGAGAACAGAGAAACCCUCUGAAUAUACUCAGUGUGGUAAAAGCUUUCUUUUACAUGCUCACAGUCACGCUCAAAGGCCUGAAAGGAUUCAUAGAGAAAAGAAACCCCAUGGAGUUAUUCAGUUUGUUGAAGCCUUUGUUCAACAUAGUCUCCAAAUUCGGAAAAGAGCACAAAUUGGAAAGAAACUCUAUGAAUGGAAGCGAUGUAGUAAAGCCUUUGCAGAUCACAGUCAUCUUAAAAUGCCUGAAAGAAUUCAUACCGGAGAGAACCCUUAUGAAUGUUAUCAAUGUGAUAAAGCCUUUUCAAGUCCCAGUAAUCNCCUACAACAUAAAGGAACACAUACUGGAGAGAAAUGCUAUGAAUGUAAUCAGUGUGGUAAAGCCUUUUCACAACAUAGUCGGCUUAAAAGGCAUGGAAGAAUUCAUACUGGUGAGAAACCCUACAAAUGUGAUCAAUGUGGUAAAGCCUUUUCAGAACACUGUAAUCUCCAGAAGCAUAAAAGAAUACAUACAGGAGAGAAACCCUACAAAUGUAAUCAUUGUGACAAAGCCUUUUCCCAACAUCAUAGUCUCCAAAAGCAUAAAAGAAUACAUACAGGAGAGAAACCCUACAAAUGUAAUGAAUGUGAUAAAGUAUUUAGACAAAGCAGUGAUCUUCAAAAGCAUAAAAGAACACAUACAGGAGAAAAACCCUACAAAUGUAAUCAUUGUGACAAAGCCUUUUCUCAACAUCAUAGUCUCCAAAUACAUAAGAGAACACAUACAGGAGAGAAACCCUACAAAUGUAAUCAAUGUGACAAAGCCUUUUCCAGACAUAGUACACUCCAAAUACAUACAAGAAUACAUGCUGGAGAGAAACCCUUCAAAUGUAAUGAAUGUGAGAAAACCUUUUCACAACAUAGUAACCUCCAGUCGCAUAGAAGAAUUCAUACUGGAAAGAAACCCUACAAAUGUAAUGAAUGUGAGAAAGCCUUUUCACAACAUAGUAACCUCCAGUCGCAUAGAAGAAUUCAUACUGGAAAGAAACCCUACAAAUGUAAUACAUGUGAAAAAGCCUUUUCAAAAUGUAGUAUACUCCAUUCGCAUAGAAGAAUUCAUACUGGAGAGAAAUCCUACAAAUGUAAUCAAUGUGAGAAAGUCUUUUUAGAACACUCUGAUCUUCAAAGACAUAAAGGAAUACAUACUGGAUAGAAACUCUAUGACUGUGAUCUAUGUGUGAAAGCCCAUGUAUGUCACAGGCAUCUUCAAAAGCAUAAAAGAAUUCAUACUGCAGAGAAAGCCUAAGAGUGUAUUUAACAUGGUAAAAUCGACAAAUAUCCAAAUAUCGAUAGUCUUAAUCAUCAUGAACACAUUUGUAUUGGCAAGAAACCCUCUGAAUAUUAGCUGUGUGGUAAAACCUAUCCCAACAUACUUAGCUCCUAAUGCAUCAAGGAGCACAUACUGGGGAGACAGAGGUUGGGGUGGGACUUAUGAAUGUACACAAUGUGGUAAACCUUUGCAUAUGACAGUCAUCUUUGAACAUGUAAAAGAAUACAUAAUGUAUCACAGAAUAAAAAAAAAAGAACACACUGGUGGAACCUUUGUAAAUAAUGUGGUAAGGCCUUGGCAGGUAGCAUUUAUCUUGUAAUGAAUAAAAUAACACUUGUAAGAAACCUCAUGAAAAUAAGCAAUGUGGUAAAGCUUGUGCAUGUACGAGUCAUUCUGGAAAUCAUGAGAAAAGUCCAUGCUGCAGGGAAGCCCUAUAACUGUAGUCAUUGUGGUAAAAAUUUGCACUUCACAGUGUGGGAAGUAGACAUGGUGUGAGGAUGUAAACUCUGAAGUCCAGCCACUGUGACAGAUUUUCUCCAGCAGGCGAGCAUUAUCUUAAUCUCCCCAAAUGACACUACCAACUGAGAAGGGUUGAUUUCUUUGCUUUUAAGCCUAUAUGAUUGCUUUCUAUUACAUGAGCACAUUCAUGAUGAAGAAAAACUGUGGGUAAGCCUUCAGACGCCUCCAUUCCUGUGUUAUAGCAAUAAAUUCUUGUAUAAGAAGAACAUCAUGAGAAAAUAUUAUUUGUUUACCAACUUCUUUUCAUUUUAAUUAUGAGAUUUGUCUGUGGCUUUGUGUGAGAAUGUGCAUGCUGAUUUCCAAGAAAGUUAAGCUGCUGUACCUUCUUAGAGCAGGAAAUAUAGGAAGAUGUCAAACCCUGACCUGGUUCCUGGGAAUAAACUUUUCUUAAUUGCUUGUCCAUGUGUCUAUUUUAAAGUGUUUUACAUCAUCUUGAUGUCAGGAAAUGGAAAACACUUAUACAAGAGAAAACCUUA